CAGGGUCGUCAUAAAAAAUGACUGAAUUAAAAUAAAAUGUAAAAAAAUGCAUUCAUUUUUACGACAGGCGUGAAAGAAAAAAUAAGUGAGGGGUGGAAUUACAAGGAAAAUAAAUAUAACCUAAAUGGCUCAAGAUAUCGAUUUGAAAAUUACCAACGACAGCGACAAAGAAACUAUGCUAUUGCCGGCAUAUUCCAGUUUGGAGAUACAACUAAUUGAACAUGAAGGCGAGCCAAUCAGCUGUCAAAAAUGCACCAAAGUGUUUUGGUCCGAAAGAGCCCUGACCUCGCACUUAAAGUGCCACAAGAAAAAACCCCUGACGUGCGAGAAAAAAUUCGCUUGCGAAGUGUGCGGUAAGAUCUUCAAGAAAUACUGCGACCUGGACCGGCACAUGCGCGUACACACUGGAGAAAAACCCAGCGAGUGCACCAUAUGCCACAAAAGGUUCCAACAGCCUCACAACCUGAGCAAACACCUGUUCACGCACUUGCACGUGAAACCGUACGAUUGCGACGUGUGCGGUAAAAAGUUUGGAAGAAAUGACGUAUUGAACAGACACAUGUUAACGCACUCCACCGACAAGCCUUUCAAAUGCGAGGAGUGCGGUAAAGGCUUCAUAAGGCAGUCGCAAUUGGAACAACACUCGAACAAACAUCAUAAGAUUGGCAACGUGUAACAAAAAAUAAGGGUACUAGAGUUAGUUUCAAACAGUAUUACCUAGUUAAAUUUUUAUAUAUAAAUAUUUUGUUGUUUUCUGUUAUUUCAUUGUAUAAGGCUGUUAGCUACUAAGAACGACCCUAUGUUAAUAUGACAUUAAAUGUAAAAACU